GCGGGGUUUGUCUUAAUGCUUACGUAGCCAUCUCAGAGUAGAGUACGUCGAAGGUGCAGCGUUGGCGAAGAGGCUUAUUUCUUUUAAAGUCAAGCGAGCGGCGUUUUAAACGAUUUCUUGUCGUCUAACUGUCUACUUUAAUACAGAAAGAUGGUCGCAAAGCAGAGGAUACGCAUGGCCAACGAGAAGCACAGCAAAAACAUCACACAGCGGGGGAAUGUGGCCAAAUCAUCAAGAGGUGCACCAGAUGACAAGGCGGCAGUAGGGCCAUGGCUCCUGGCACUCUUCGUCUUUGUAGUGUGCGGAUCAGCCAUUUUCCAGAUCAUUCAGAGCAUCAGGAUGGGGAUGUAAGGAGGCAAAUGGAUCAUCACUCAACAUUCCUCUUUCUUUUCCCACUGUACUGUCAAGGCCGAAGGUCAACUGUCCAUUCCUCAUGUCUUAUUUAAAGUGUACAUUGUUGUCAUUUAAAAUUCCCAUCUCUUGUGCCUUACGCAAACUGUGGAGGAGUGAAAGAUGUAAGAAAAUUUUUUCAAAAAGCCAAGCCAUAUCUUACAGAACAUUCCACUGUGGGAUUUUUUUUUUACCAAGUUUGCUGCUGGAUCAGAUCACAAACCUUUCUGUCAGUAAUGAUACUGAAAAGAGUCCUUUUACAUUCUUCUUUUCUUUUUUUUUUUCUUUCCAAAUUCCUUUGAUGUCUGUAAGUCAUGUCUAUACACCUUGAAAUGUUUAGUUUGGAUGGGUGCCAAAACAUGAGGUUUGCGUUUACUUGCCUUGUACCAAUGCAAUAUAAUAAUAUACAUGUAUUUGGAACUAUGCACCUUCCAUGCAUACCUGUAUGUGUUUGUGUGUACAUUCUUUGACCUGUAUUGUUGCCUGAAGGAAAUGAAAGUUAGUUUUUUUGUGUAUUGGUCAGUUGCAAAGAUAUGAUGUAUGUUUGCUUUCCACUUGAAUGUCCUUUAACAAAUAAAAAAGUUAAACCCA